UGGAUUUGCGUGAAUGUUUAGUGCGAGUAAAGGACUCUGGUCGUGAGCGGGUGCUCUGUUCUCAUACAACGCGUAAAGCGCCGGCGCAGUGCUCGUCGCGCCGCACUACUGCGCGCGCGCCUCCUUUUGUGAUCUGUUUAUAUUAAGGGCUGACAUGCCGACUCCGGACUACAGCGUGGACCUGGACUUGGGCGAACCUCCGCCGGAGCUGGUCGAGUACGCUCGGCAGCACCUGGGGGAAGACCCCAACACUCGUCUCCAGGCCAUCUAUGAACUCAGAGAAAUGAUUUAUGAGCGCGGUGAAUGCACUCCCCAUCGAAUGGAUGACGAUUUCUUGAUCAAAUUCCUGCGUGCGAGAAAAUUCAUUCCGAAGCGAGCACAUAGAUUGCUUGUGAACUACUACCAAUUCAAAGAAGAUAAUCCGGAAUUGUUUGAGAACGUAUUCCCGUUGGAUUUGCGAAAAAUAGGGGAUUCAAAUGUGAUCGCCGUGCCUCCAUACAGAGAUCAGGAGGGUCGCAGACUGCUGUUCUAUAGAAUAGGUUGUUGGAACCCUAAAGCUAUUCCCGUGGAGGAUCUGUUUAAAGCGACCAUCAUCGCGCUAGAGUUGGGUCUGAUGGAACAAAGGUCGCAGAUAUUAGGAGGUAUCGCAGUCUUCGAUCUGGAGAAUAUCGGCACACAGCACGCCUGGCAGAUCACUCCGUCCGUCGCAGCGAAAAUUGUGAAGCUGAUGGUGUCGUGCUUCCCAGUGACAACCCACGCCAUACACAUCAUAAACCACUCCUGGCUUUUCGACAAAAUCUACAACAUCUUUAAACCUUUACUGAACUCGAACAUGAGGUCUCGGAUCUACUUCCAUGGUCACGACAAUUCUUCUUUACACAAACACAUACACCCGAAUCAUUUGCCGGAACGCUACGGGGGUACUUGGCCGGACUACUCUUACACCAUCUGGCUCAACUCCCUAAAGAAGAAUUUCGAAGUCGCGAAACAAGUACUUGAUUACGGUUACAAAUUCCGCGAAGAAGAAGUGGACCCUGAAGUGGUGAGACAGUUGAAAGAAAAUGGGUUCAAGUUGUACUAAAAAAAUCUUCUACGUAGCUUAUUGCUGAACAGUUUUUAUAGUGCUUGUAAUAUUUUUAAUAUUGAUAAGUGUAGAUCACAGUCAGUCGGUCUGAUUCUGUUAUUGCUAUGAGUCAUCUUGUCUACCAGACAACAGACUGCGAUGUUUUUAGUUUGUCUGUGCCUGAUAAAUGUGGAACAAAUAAUAUUGUUAAUGUUGCUUGAAACAAACAAGAAUGCGUUUAACCUAGUUUUCUGUUAUUAAAUUUUAUAUAUUUUUUUUAAUAAAAAAAAAUCUGAAAUAAUUAGACCUGAAAAUUGUUUACAGCCCAAUAUUUCGUUUGGAAGUUAUAUUGUAACGCAAAUGUACAUGUUAUCAAUUAACAGGCCUUAUCUACGCUGAGCUUUUCUUCUGUCAUUCCUAAGUUUAGUUAUGUUAACAUUUUAGAGUAAGGUUAGUUUAUUACAUAUGAGAUUUUGUAGUUAUAUUCGUAGAUUUAAAUAAUAAUUACGCCUUAGGUUCAAAACGUUUAGUGUUUUUUGGAACAAACAAACAAACAAUAAUUUAGGUAUGUAUGUACCGGACAAAAUUGUAUUCUAGUUUAGUUAGUACUUUGAUUUACUUAAAUUAGUUUAGCAUUAAGGCAUGUCGAGAGAAUUCGUCAAAAAACCUGUGAUAGAACAAAUUAUGUAUAUGAAUGCACCCCUAACUAUAAGUAUAGGCUUAGGUUAUAUUUUUAACUAUUUCUUAGAAUUAAGUUGUUAUACAUGCUAAUUGUAUGUUUAUUAAUAUAUGUUUACAAAAUA